CAUCAACCUCUCCACACCAUCAUGCUCUAGAUCUAUUAGCCCUAGAUGCUACAGACGUACCUGGAUAUAUGGUCUAUAAGCUUACGCCAGGAGGGUGUGUAUUUGGCGUUAUAAUAUGCUGGCCCAAUCCAGAGCACCGGCAAUUCCUCCUUCUCACGACCACGACUCAGAUAGCUCGAAUGGCCACUAUUCGCGCCCUGCAUCCCUAGAUGCUCGAUCCAAUGUGUCUCUAUCGUUAUCCGAAGGCGAAAAUGCCUACGAAUUGCAACCUCUCUCAUCAGAAAACUCUAAGAGGCAUGGUGGCGCAGUCGAAGAUGAUGAGGAACCUGGCAGCGCAAUGCUGAAACCACGAAGGCUGUCCCUGAGCUCGAUACAAAGCUAUGAACUUUACACACCGGAUGAAGACCGCUCUGUGCGGAGAAAACUGGAUAGAAGAUUGGUUGGCUUCAUGGCUCUGCUGUAUAUGCUGAGCUUCCUGGAUAGAUCCAACAUUGGCAAUGCGCGUAUAGCAGGCCUCAGUGAGGAUCUCAACCUCAGCUCCAAGCAGUUUGGAUGGCUGCUCUGGGCCUUCUACAUCACCUACAUCAUCUUCGAAUGGAUGACUCUCAUGUAUCGACUUGUUCCAGCUCACAUAUACAUUUCACUUUGUAUCCUGUCUUGGGGGAUCAUUGCCUCUGGGCAAGCGAUAGCGACGUCAUUCCCCGUUCUAUUAAUUCUUCGGGCGCUUCUAGGAAUAGGCGAAGCAGCUUUUGGGCCUGGUGUCCCAUUCUAUCUUUCCUUUUUCUUCAGGCGAAAUGAGCUGGCUUUGAGAACGGGACUUUUUAUCUCUGCUAGCCCUCUGUCUGCGUCUUUUGCUGGUGCUUUGGCAUGGCUAAUCACCACACUUGGAGAAGAAGGGCCUAUCAGACCAUGGAGGCUACUCUUCUUGCUCGAGGGGUUCCCGAGUGUCAUUGUGGCUGUCUGGGCUUGGAGCUUCGUGCCUGACGGACCUGGGACAGCGAGAUGGUUGACGACAAGGGAAAAAGAAGUAGCAGUCCUGAGGCUUAGGAAAGAGCGCGAAGAAUCAGAGGAGCAGUCUGAACGAGAGAAAUUCAGACGUACGUCUGAGACACCCAGGGGUGUGAAUUUCAGUGAGGUCCUUCAGACCCUCAAGGACCCGAAGUCUUACAUCACUGCAUUUAUGUUCUUCAGUUGCAACGUGGCAUUCAGUUCCAUGCCAGUCUUUAUGCCCACGAUCAUCCGGGAGAUGGGAUACUCCUCUAUACACGCCCAGGCCCUCUCGGCGCCUCCUUACCUUUUCGCGUUCGCCGUAGUCAUCUCAACAGCAUAUCUCUCCGACCGACACCGCUCGCGCUCCAUGCCGUUAAUCUUCCAUUCUUUGCUAGCGUGUAUGGGUUACUCCAUCCUCACCAUUACCGGGUACUACAAAAUGCCCGACACUACCAUCCGCUACAUCGCACUGUAUUUUGCGACAGCCGGCUUCUUCUCCGCCAUCACCAUCAUCAUUACCUGGACGAUUAACAACCAAGAAAGUGAUAGUAAGAAGGGGACAGGUAUGGCCAUUCUCAACGUUAUCGGUCAAACUGGACCACUUGUAGGGACCAGCAUCUUUCCGAGAGAAGACGGCCCUUGGUAUUUCAAGGGUAUGGCUAUAUGCGCAGCAUUUAUGCUUGUUGUUUGCAUCUUGACCGUGAUAUUGAGGCUGGUGCUUCAAAAGCAAAAUCAAAAUAAGAGGGAAGAAAGAAGUGCCGUGUAUGCUGGUGUGCCGCUCGAGGAAGGCGGUUUGACGAUGGUUCUGCCUAGUUGUACCAAUAUGGACGCUCCAAGGUCCGACUCCCAGAGCCGGGAGCGAACGGACUCUAUAGCGGCAUCUAUAACGGUCACAGAGUCCAGCUUUCCUGACAGAGGUAGUGAGAGCACAGUGGAUUCGCCACUGACCUCUGCGGCGGACCCAGGCGAGCUGCCUUCAAGUGACUUCAAGCCGGAGGCAGACCUGGAGAAAGCGCCUGGUGUGCAACGUGGUGCCACGGAGCCUACCAAAUUUGGCGGAGAGGAGGAGGACCCAGCUGUCCUGGUUUCUUAUGCAAGGUCCGGAAGCCCAUCCGCGAUGCAGAGGAGCACUGUGGAGACUGUGCAUAAGGGCGGGGAGGAGGUGAUCAACAGGAUGCACAAGUUCUCGCUCUAUGAAACGAGCACGCGGUUUUACCUUGUUGGCGCGGACAUCAUGGACAAGCACUAUCGGGUUCUGAAAAUUGAUCGCACCUCGCCACCUGGGCAUCUCAAUAUCUUCGAGGACGAUAUCAUUUACAGUAAACGGGAAAUGAAUCAGCUUUUGAACGCUAUUGAUGACGGCAACAAGGGAACCGGAGGUAUGAAACUUAAAUGUAGUGCAUGGGGGGUCCUAGGCUUCAUACGCUUCACAGAGGCAUACUACAUGCUGCUCGUCACCAAAAGGGCACAAGUAGCAAUGAUUGGCGGCCACUACGUCUAUCAAGUAGACGGGACUGAGCUGAUACCUCUUACCACUGGAUCGACAUCGCGCUUCCAGAAAGACAGAAACCCAGAGGAGGCUCGUUUCUUGAGCAUCCUGAACAAUCUGGAUCUGAAUCGGUCAUUCUACUUCAGCUAUUCCUACAAUAUAACCCGCAGCCUUCAACAAAAUAUGAUCCACGAGCGAAAGGCGCUCAACGAGGGACGCGUCAAGCCCGACCCGGAUUUUCAGGAUAUGUUUGUCUGGAACCACUACCUUCUGGAUCCUGCUCGAGACGCCCUCAAGAAUGUGUACGAUUGGUGUCAUCCAAUAAUACACGGCUAUAUUGAUCAGUCAUCCCUCGAUAUCUAUGGCCGCAGGGUUUACAUCACGAUCAUCGCACGACGAUCUCGAUUCUUCGCUGGAGCACGGUUCCUCAAGCGGGGAACCAAUGAUUUGGGCUACGUUGCCAACGAUGUCGAGACGGAACAGAUCGUGUCGGAUGUUUUGAAUACGUCCUUCCACGCGCCUGGCCCCCGGUUGUACACAAGCCCUAAUUAUACAUCCUAUGUCCAACACCGUGGAAGUAUCCCCUUGUAUUGGACCCAGGAUAAUACCGGUGUGACACCCAAGCCGGAUAUUGACCUCAACCUUGUCGAUCCGUUUUACACUCCUGCGGCCCUUCACUUUGACAAUCUAUUCCAGAGAUAUGGAUCUCCGGUAUACGUUUUGAACCUCGUCAAAGCUCGGGAACGCAUCCCACGAGAGUCGAAAUUGCUACAAGAGUAUAAAACCGCAAUUGACUAUCUCAAUCAGUCGCUUCCGCAGAAUCAUAAGAUUAUAUAUGAGGCUUUCGACAUGUCAAGAGCUUCCAAAACUCGCGGUCAGGAUAAAGUCAUCCGAGUUACCGGCUUCUUCCAUAACGGUGAGACAAACGUCGAUACUCCUCGCGUGCAGAAUGGUGUCGCGAGAACCAACUGUAUCGAUUGUCUUGAUAGGACCAAUGCCGCGCAGUUUGUGAUAGGAAAGCGGGCACUGGGUCGCCAGCUCCAUGCGCUGGGGGUCAUUUCGGGGAAGACAGUGGAGUUUGAUACUGACUGCGUUGAGAUCUUCACGCGCAUGUUCCACGACCAUGGUGACCAGAUCGCGAUCCAGUAUGGAGGUUCUCACUUGAAUAGCUCAAGGGAUAUGAUGGAGAGCUUCAAGAGAUAUUAUCACAACUCUUUCCUCGAUUCGCAGCGGCAAGAGGCAUACAACUUAUUCCUAGGAAACUACAUCUUCACGCAAGGGCAGCCGAUGCUGUGGGAUCUCCAGACGGACUAUUACCUUCAUCAUGAAGAUCCGCGCACGUGGCUCAGCAAGAUCCGACGCAACUAUAUCAGCUGGUUCACUGCGGAGCACCUUGAAAAGCGAGUCCUUCCUCCGCUCACCGGCGAAUGGUCCCAGAAAAAGCUUGACCAUGGAAGUGUAGCCCGGCAUGAUGACUACUGGCUCGAAUACUACCGUCCUCUCGCCUUAUCCUCCUUUCUCAAGGUUUUUGCGUACCGUUUGAACGACAAGUCCGGCCCUCAGCGGCCGGAUAAAACCAUCCCACUGCAUCCGGAAGAUUUCUCUCCCUUCGUCGUGCGCAGGAAUCGAAAUGACCAUCACUCGCCCAAGAAGAUACGAAAGGGAGUCACCAUCGUCGACCCGUCCAGCGAAACCGACUCGGGCCCCAACACCGCCGCACCCCAUCUCCCUCCCACAUCCACCGAUUACGACUCUCCAACGACGCAUUCCAUCCUCCGCGAGUCGCACUUUGAAACCGAACUUCCGCUUUCCGCACCAACGCCACGGCCUGCCUAUCCUUCCCUCACAACGUCCUCGUCUACUGGCUUUGGCUCCGGCGCACCAAGGAAUUUUGUCCCGGCGGACAAGGCGCUCAUGAAUCAGUGGACGCUCACGCAAUUCUACGAGAACAGCCUCAAUCCCUCCGUCUCACUGGGCGAACAGGACGAAUACAGGCGGUACAUUGAGCAUCCGCUAAAUCUGCCCUUGGUGGUAAGCAGUGAGACGGCGUCCGCCGACGACCCCAGCGCGCUUGAAUACUACGAGUAUCUGAACAUGGGCGAGGAGCAGUGCGAUGGACUAGGUUCAGGUCCCGCGCAUGUGGAAAAGGAGCCCGCCAUACAGCCAUUCGACGGACCCAACAGAAACGAAGCAGACAUGAGCUCCAGGCGCGCCUCAGUAGCAAGUAUCCCCUUCUCGCUCAUGUCGGAAAAGUUCACCGUUCCCCCCGAAGAUAUCGAGGAGUUUGAAACGUACCUCCGCGUCGAGGAGAAUCCGCUCGAUGUGCGCGACGAGGAUCGGCAGAAGAAGCGGUAUAAGGCGUAUCGGCAGUGGUUGAGGGGGAAGAGCUUCUUCAAGCAGAGUAAGGUGGAUCCGGAGUGGAGGGCGCAGUUGGUGGGGCGGUAGGGAGUUGUGCUCUCGUUUCUUCUUUUUUCGGUGUUCGCCGUUAGGUUUCCCGUUGAGAUGUUUGGGUAUGCGUAGGUGGAUGGUUAGAAUAGAUACCAAGCAUCUGAUGGCCUGCACUUAUAGUUGUCCUCGUCUGUUACAAUGUGAUCCAGAUAUUUGAC